UUUAACGACAAUGACGGCUGGAGCAACAGGAACAGACGGCGAACGUCAAGGUGAAGAAAUAGAAGAGGUAUUACCUCAACCGGGCUCGCGGACAGAGCAAGCACGUAGACGCUUUGUUGGUGUGGCACGGCGAACGCAGCGUGAUGCGACCAAUGGUGGAGGUGCUAUAGAAGAAGCAGCCGUAAUUCAAGCUCCUGUUACUAGUUCAUCAACCUCUCGUAUUGUGAAUCAAAUUCCGGAGGACAUUUUGAACGAUCCACAGCUCACUGAGGCUAUACAACUACUACCGAGAAACUACAACUUUGAAAUCCAUAAAACAGUAUGGCAGAUCAGAAGACAAGAGGCGAAAAAGGUUGCCCUGCAAUUUCCGGAAGGGCUCCUCAUGUUUUCCCUCACUAUUGUGGACAUUUUGGAACGAUUCGCCAACGUGGAGACGCUCGUGAUGGGGGACGUAACAUAUGGCGCGUGCUGCAUUGACGACUUCACCGCCCGUGGUCUUGGAUGCGACUUUAUGGUACAUUACGGCCAUAGCUGCCUAGUGCCUGUAGAUGUUACCCCCAUUAAAACUAUGUACGUGUUUGUCGAUAUCGGCAUCGACUCCACGCAUUUUGUGGAUACAGUCCGGCACAAUUUUGAACAGGGCAAGAAGCUCGCGCUAGUCGCCACUGUUCAAUUUAUGACUGCUCUGCAGGCAGCGAAAAGGGAAUUGGAGAAGGACUAUCAUGUUGUUGUGCCACAAGCAAAACCACUUUCGCCUGGUGAGGUGCUAGGCUGCACCGCACCCCGUCUUGGAGAGCAUGAUGUUUUGAUUUAUCUGGGAGAUGGCCGCUUCCACCUUGAAGCCAUCAUGAUUGCCAAUCCUGACCUACCUGCUUUCCGAUACGAUCCCUACUCAAAAGUAUUCACCCGCGAACGAUAUGAACAUGAGGAAAUGUAUGCUUUGCGCAAACAUGCAAUCGAGCAAGCAAAAGAUGCGAAGAGCUUUGGGAUAAUCAUGGGGACGCUAGGGAGACAAGGAAGUCCUAAAGUUUUAAAAUACCUAAUGGCAGAAUUUGAUUCCCGAUCGAUACCCUAUACCAUCGUUUUACUUUCCGAGAUAUUUCCAUCAAAACUAGAGCAAUUUCGAAAUAUCGAUGCGUGGAUCCAGGUCGCAUGUCCACGACUUUCGAUCGACUGGGGUUAUGCAUUCGCCAAACCUCUCUUGACGCCUUACGAGGCGGCUGUGGUCUUGAAGUGCGUCGAGUGGCAGCAGAGAUAUCCAAUGGACUUUUACGCAAGAGACUCGUUGGGAGCUUGGACCCCAAAUCACGGCGCUGGACCGCAGCGUAAAGUCAGGGCCCCAAAAUUGCGAAAUGAAGCUCUCAAGGAAGAGCACGUAAAAUAGCAACCUUGCAUGGAACUCACUCACGGGAACGUUGUCGUAACUACAUUGUACAUUUUUAUUAUUCUCAACCAAUUUUAUUGUAAAUAUAAUUGUAUUCGUUCC